AUGAACCAAGCCAAGCAUUUGAGGAAGAAAUGGAACAAGUUCAGAUUUUCAGAAGCAAAAAACUUUGAUAUCUUCCCCUACUACUCUUCAAUUAUCUAUAUCCCAAACCUCAUCUUGAAUCAUCAACGUCCGUUGGAUCCCCCCCAAACCAACGGCUCUCCGAACCUCAUUCUCUCCCAUCUUAUCCUCCGCCCCAACCCAUACUCCAAAACACCAUCCCCUCCUUACCUAACUCCGGCACUCCCCAGAAAUGGCCGCCAUAUCCUCAGCAAUGGUCGCCGGCCAGAGCUCCGAUUUCCUAGGCCGCCGCCUCAUCUCCAAGAGCUCCUACGUUCGCAAUUCCGACCAAUACCGCCUGCCCUCUGCCUGGUGGGGGGGGUCGAUUUACCGCUGGACAUUAUCGAUCGGAGGGUGACAAAGAUGAAGAUGAUAUCACCGUCGAAUGUUGCGGUCGACAUCGGGCGCACGCUGAAGCCCCAUGAGUACAUUGGGAUGGUUCGCCGUGAAGUCCUCGAUGCUUACCUCCGAGAUCGAGCCGCUGAAGCUGGAGCCACUGUUGUUAAUGGUCUCUUCCUUAAGAUGGACUGCCCGCCGGCCGGCUCCAGGGAGAAGUACAAACUCUACUACAACGAUUACAGCAGCAAAAAGUCAUCGACAGGGGAGAAGAAGGAGAUGGAGGUGGAUGCGGUGGUUGGAGCCGACGGAGCCAACUCCCGCGUAGCUAAGGAAAUCGGCGCCGGCGACUACGAGUACGCCAUUGCCUUCCAGGAGAGAGUCAAAAUCCCAGAGGACAAGAUGAAUUACUACAAAGAAAGGGCUGAAAUGUAUGUCGGCGACGACGUCUCACCGGAUUUCUAUGGCUGGGUCUUCCCCAAGUGCGACCACGUCGCUGUCGGCACCGGCACUGUCACCCACAAAUCUGACAUCAAACGCUUCCAAGCUGCAACCCGUCUCCGCGCCCGCGAUAAGAUCGCGGGCGGGAAGAUCAUCCGCAUCGAAGCUCAUCCUAUCCCGGAGCACCCUCGUCCUCGCAGGGUUCUCGAUCGAGUCGCGCUCGUAGGUGACGCGGCCGGCUACGUGACGAAGUGCUCCGGCGAGGGCAUCUACUUCGCGGCGAAAAGUGGCAGAAUGUGCGCGGAGGCGAUCGUGGAGGGCUCGGCGAAUGGCACGCGGAUGAUCGAGGAGGGGGAUCUGCGCAACUACCUGCAGAAGUUUGACAAGAUGUAUUGGCCGACCUACAAGGUGCUCGACAUAUUGCAGAAGGUGUUUUACCGAUCCAACUCGGCGCGGGAGGCGUUUGUGGAGAUGUGCGCAGACGAUUACGUGCAGAAGAUGACGUUCGAUAGCUACCUGUACAAGCAGGUGGUGCCCGGCAACCCGCUGGAUGAUCUCAGGCUCGCCAUUAACACGAUCGGGAGCUUGGUUAGGGCUGGCGCGCUGAGGAGGGAGAUGGCUAAGAUUACUGCGUGAUAUUAUAUAUUUGUGUAUCAAUAAUUGUUGGUGGAGGGAAUGCCGUAAAACUCAACUGUAAUUUCUUAUAAUCACCGAGUUGUUUGGAGGAAUUAUGUUUUUUAAUUUUCUUUUGCAUUU